UGCUUUCUGCAGGCUUCUGGCUGCAGCAGGCAUGUUGUUUGUUGUGAAUGAAGCCGCGGCGGGUCGUUCCGUUCGGACCUUUGUCAUUCUGGAUUCUGAGCGGCUCCAGAUAAACAUUAACCCGAGCAGACUUUGAGAUCUGCGGCGCGCAGCAGCUGCUGCUGCAGCGUCUCCUCACACGUUACCGUAGGAACAGCAGGGGCCCGGGCGGCCCACCCGUCCUCUCUCCGGGGGGGGCAGGCAUUGGUACCGCUGAAGGAGGUGUGCCGGCAGACCCCGCCUCCCACGGGUCGCCCAAGCAGGACGGUAUAAGAGGCGGCUGGCGGGCGGAAGCAUGAAGGAACCCAGCCAGCUCAUCUCUGCGUCUGACGCCUGGUCCGUUGUCCUGGUACCGAUCUGGAGAACAUGCUGUUCUGCCACCCGCAGCCCGAGUCCUACCACCAGAACUCCUCCAGCUACAUCAGGGAGGCUCUGGCGCCGUUCCUGAAGAACGAAGAAGCCCGACUGAGAGCGGAGAGCGGCGCCAAGGGGGGGCCCUUCCAGUACGUACUGUGCGCGGCCACAUCACCGGCCGUCAAACAGCAGGAGGAGACGCUGUCCUACCUGAACCAAGGUCAGUCCUACGAAAUCCGUAUGCUAAACAGGAAGCUGAUGGAGUAUUCGGUCAUAAGCAGCAAGUAUGUGAAGAGCAUCGUCCGCAUCGUGUUCCAUGACCGCCGCCUGCAGUACAUGGAGCACCAGCAGCUGGAGGGAUGGAGGUGGAACCGACCCGGAGACCGGAUCCUGGAUAUAGAUAUUCCCCUCUCAGUGGGGGUCAUAGAACCUCGUUCAGACCCUCUGCAUCUCAACACCAUCGAGUUCCUCUGGGAUCCCCUAAAGAACGCCUCCGUUUUCAUCCAGGUCAACUGCAUCAGCACCGAGUUCACCCCCAGGAAGCACGGCGGGGAGAAGGGCGUUCCGUUUCGCAUCCAGGUGGACACCUUCACCUCCAACGACCAUGGAGAAUAUGUGGAGCAUGUUCAUUCGUCCAGCUGCCAGGUCAAGGUCUUCAAGCCCAAAGGAGCGGAUCGCAAACUGAAGACGGAUCGGGAGAAGAUGGAGAAGAAGACGGUUCAGGACAGGGAGAAGUACCAGCCGUCUCAUGACACCACCCUGCUGAAGGAGGUGAGAAGCAGUCUGUCAUCACUAUGUUUCUAUAGCGACUGUUCUCCACACCAGCAAGCGGAGGUGUUCAUGCCUGGCUGCUCGGAUCAUCUUCUGCCAUCGUCCUCGCCGCAGGACACUCAGCAGUGGUUGCACCGUCACAGGUUCUCGCCUUUCUCUAGGCUCUUCUCCAGCUUCUCAGGUAACACGGAGAAAAGUGGUAGAACAUGGAGGACGGUGGGGGUAACUUCACAGCCUGGCUGGAAGGUUAAAGUGGAAACCAGAGAAUCACUUUAUGCAUACUCAGGUUCAUCAGGGGCUAUUGCUGGGGUUCAUCAGGGUUCAUCAGGGGCUAUUGCUGGGGUUUAUCAGGGUUCAUCUGGGGCUAUUGCUGGGGUUCAUCAGGGUUCAUCAGGGGCUAUUGCUGGGGUUUAUCAGGGUUCAUCUGGGGCUAUUGCUGGGGUUCAUCAGGUCUACCAUGCUUUGUACCUGGAGGAGCGGACCUUAGUGGACCUCUCUGAGAAGAUUGCUGGGCUCUACAACAUCACUCCACAACAAAUCACACAGAUCUACCGACAGAAAACCACAGGCAUCCACAUCUUAGUGUCUGAUGAGAUGGUGCAGAACUUAGGAGAAGAAGCGAGUUUUAUCAUCAGCACCGUAAGAGAUGAGAACUCUGAUGGUUACCAUGUUGUGUUGAAAUAAGCAGCAGGAGCCUCCAUCAGUGGAGCUGUACAGACUGUAAAUAUGUGUAAUUAUCUGUGAAAUGUAGGUUUACAGUGAAACUGCUUCCCCUCUUUAAGGGAACCAGAGCUUCUCCUGCUCCUGUUUUUGGAUGUUUGUCAUCAUUCUGAUGGAAAGAAAACCAUUUAGAGGCAGUUUGGUUCUGCUGGUGAGCAGAACCAGGAGCAGCAGAGCGAAACAGUUAAAGAAGGAAAUCUUCUUGCUCUGAUUCUCUGUUCUGGACUUUUUAAACCCAAAUCGAACAUUUAGUCAGAUCCUCCUUUGUUGUUUUUCUUUUCAGAAAUUUGAUUCUAUUUGAUUUUCCUCAUUUAUUGAAAAACAGAAUAAAGAAUGCCUUUAAUGACGGGUCCUGAAGCCGACGGGUUUCAAAAUAACUGUAAUUACAACAGAAAUGUUCAUAAG